AUGGCACUGAUCCUCAACCCAAUCCAACUACCAUGUGCGACAACAAGUGAACUGAUUUUGGUCCACUUCACUCAAAGUAGACUCUACACUGAAGCUGAAGACAUUGUUCAAAUGAUUACAAUCACAUCACUAUAUUCCUUCCAAGAACCAUCUGUUUUGCCAAAUUUGAAAUCUGACCAGCACACUUCGUUCAUAUACGCUCCAGUAUAUAUUGCAACCGAAGGCCAGACCGUCAUUCACUCCUCAUUUUCCGAUCAGGGCUCAGUCCAACUUGAGCGUUCAGAAACUUGGCAAUAUCAUUUCACCGCAUUGUCUAGAAUGGCGGCUCAUCCCACGAAGCGCAAAAACUCUGGGAACAGACCUGCUGCAGUGUUGACUGUUUUCUUGGCUGUGUGUUCGUUGCUAUCAACGCACUUCGGAUGCACUGACGGUGCCCAAGGUCUAUUCGUUUUCGGAGACAGCUAUACAGACACUGGAGAGAACUUGUAUUAUCCAUAUGGGAUGACAUGGCCAGGAGAUGGCACAGCCCGCCGUUCAUCAGACGGGCGCAACGAAGUCGACUUCAUUGCGGCGAAGCUCGGAGUGCCAUCCCCGACACCGUGGGAGGAUUUGCCCGGUAACGGAUACCAAAACAACGGCGGUGCGAAUUUCGGUGUGGGGGGCGCUGCAGUCACGUAUGCUUACGGGUGGAAGCCUCUGGACAAGCAAGUCGAUGAAUUUGAAGGGCUUGUGAAGGGAGGAACUUGGACAGCGGCACACCUGGCGCAAUCAGUGGCGCUGGUUUCUAUUGGAGUGAACGACUACACCUACUACAAUAAGCAAGGAAAUGGGGUCCAGGGUGUGAGCGCGUUCGUCGAUACGGUGGUUGGCAAGAUGGGAGACCAAAUGAACCGCAUUUCUAAACUAGGAGUGCGAAGCAUCAUGGUGGAGAAUUUGGUGCCCAUGUCGUGCAUGCCCUUCACAACUCUGUGGAUCAAUGGCGAGACGGGCUGCGUGAUGAACGACCUGCUCGACACGGAAACAAACUUGCACGAUGCGAGGCUUCAGGCCAAAGUUAACGAGCUCAACAAAGGAGGGGCCAACAUUAUGAUGCUGGAUCUGACCAAGGCGCUGCGUCGCUUGUUCGAGAAUGGACCCGCAUAUGGAUUCUCCGAUGCAUACAAACGAUGUUGCACGGGCUCCUGCGGUGGCGGCGAUGGCUACACGGUGUGCAACAACCCGCAGAAGCACGUGAUUUUUGAUAGUAUACAUCCCACUGAGGCUGCUUGGAAAGCGGUGACAAACUUCUAUACAUACUCCGCUGGGUACACCAAAGGUGCGACUUUGAACACAUGGUUUAAGCAGAACCAGAUGAUUACAUAGGAUUCAGGAACUGCCGACAAUCAGAGGGCAUUUGAGCACCUGUAGAAUGGCGAUCAGAGUCUGGCAAAUUGUAUGUGGAUAAUUUGACUACAAAAAAGUAUAGAAUGAAGGCGUACUCAAGUUGAGCUGUUGACUGAUCCUUGAAUGUACUAUACCUGAUGGUAACCCACUGUGAAGCCCGACAUUGCAAUUAAUGUAAGAUUUGUAACUAUCAUGGUCACUCUUGCGAAGUGAUUUGCACUUCAUUUA